GAGUGACAGACAUAGAUAUAUGAUGACAGAGUGUGAUCUCCCCAACCCAACAAAACAAAUAAUUAUACUGAUUUGAUAAUUCAGGCAUCCUUUGAUAAUAUUUAGUCAAAAUCUGAAAAUUCUUUUAUUUAGGCAGAAUUGCGAAAUGUCAAUUUUUUUUAAAGUUCUAAAUCUUAUCUAAAUAUAUUUCCAUCUAUACGAAAACUGAGCAUUCAUCAAAAGAAGGUCGUUUCAGUUUGUGGUAAUCUGAGUCGUAAAAAAUGCCUUUUAAACAACGCAAAAUAGCGGUUAUGGGCUACAGAUCAGUUGGGAAGUCCUCCCUCAGUAUUCAAUUUGUAGAAGGUCAAUUCGUAGAUUCUUACGAUCCUACCAUCGAAAACACUUUUACUAAAUCUACACGAUUGAAUUCUCAAGAUUAUGAACUAAAACUAGUAGAUACAGCAGGGCAAGAUGAAUAUUCUAUUUUUCCUUCGCAAUAUAGUAUAGAUGUGCAUGGCUAUGUUCUUGUAUAUAGUAUAACUAAUGUGAAGUCUUUUGAGGUAGUGAAAUCUAUUUAUGACAAAUUGCUGGACAUUACAGGAAAAGUAACUGUUCCUAUUAUUUUGGUAGGGAACAAGACAGAUUUACAUAUGGAACGAAUGAUUCCUACAGAUGAAGGCAAGCGGUUAGCUGAAGACAUGAAAGCAAUUUUCUUGGAAACAUCAGCAAAACAAAAUGAAGCUGUAUCAGAUGUUUUCCACAAAUUAUUAUUGGAAAUUGAAAAGGCUGAUGGAAAUAUGCAUGAUAAACCUAAUUGCUCGGUAUGUUAAUAAAAGAGUUCUCUCUAUCACAUCUAGUCUAAUGAUACUUACAAUUUCCUUUUGUGGAAAAUGUAUGAAGGAAAAUAAUACUUAUUCUUAAUAUAUCAAUGUAAAUUUUCAAUUUUUUCAGUGGGUAUUUUGAGUAUUGGUUUUUAUUAUUUCUCCAAACUUAUUCCUCCUCCCAACUUUAUGAGAGGUUUUUUGUGAAAUUGUUGAAAUUAAAAAAAAAUUCCAGGGGCAAUCGUCUCCCCAUAAUGAACUAGAAUGUUGUUGUUGCGGACUCAAUGAAAAUUUUUAUUCCUUCCGACCUCUCUUAGUUAUUUCCCUUUUUAUAUUUUUCAUAUAUAUAAAAAGUUGAAAAUGAGGUAUCGAAUUAGGAAAUAGUUUAUAUCAAAUUUUUUUCUAUAGAUACGAAAUAGGUAUUCUGUAAUCCAAGGAUAUUUUCAAAUUUAAAUGGAAUCACUAAGAUAUUGAAUAUUGUAAUGCCAUAUUUUCUCAUUCCUCUGAAAAUCAUAGAAACAUUAUAUCCCUUCCUUGAUGUAUAUUUCACUAUUUUGAACUUAUUCCUCUUCAUUGUAUCAUUGAUGUGCUUAUAACGAUCAAAACUUUCCAUAUUUCUUAUAUCUCAAAUAAGUCGCUCAUUGUCUAUAAAUAUUUGAUGCUGCUAUACAAGUUGAAAUUUAAGAAUUUGUAUGGUUCAAUAAUGUUUUUGCUAAUUCGAAAUUAUUUUGUUCAGAAGUAUCUCUUGUGUGCUGAUUUUGACAAAAUUAAAAAAAAAGCAUAUCAGGGAUUUCCAUAACUCACCCUGUAAAGUGAUAUAGUUUUAGGAGAAACAUUUAUACCAUUUAUGAAAUAGACAAAGCAAUUUUUGCAUCUCCCUAUAUUUCAUCAAGAGAUGAAAUACUAACAAUGAAGGUUGGGUAUUUCAUAUAAUGUGAAGCCAUGAAAUAAGUGUUUUAGUCUUGUUAUAUUGUUAACUGUUUAUAUGUAUAAAUAAAUGAAGAGGGGAAAGGUUAGUUAUAAAUAGUAAUGUUUGUAUUUUACUAUAUAUCAGAAUAUCGCCUUGAUAUUUAUAAAAUAUAGGAUAUCUGAAAUCAUGUUAGGAAUUGUAUUGUUUCUAAAUUAUAUUAUAGAGAUGUUAUAUAUGUAAAUUUGUAAAUUUAUGACAAAAAAUCAUGUUUAGGAUGCACAUAACAAGCUCAAAUAAAUUUCAAACCAGUGUUAA